AAAGAUAACGAUUUAACAAAAACCAGGCAUUUUUGUUUACACAUCGCGUAGUUAUUUGCAACAAUGAAUUGCUUCGACUACUUCGUACCGGCUUUCCUCAUCACCCAGUGGUUGGUGUCCUCUGUUCAUGUUUACGAUUGGGAGGCCGAACAGGGGCAUGAGGACUUCGGCAAACUGCUCUUUUCCAUCGAAAAGCUGCUAGGCUUGACAAACAAGACAGAAGCCGGUACGGCGAAACCCUUAACUUUUUCGGAAGCAAAAUCGUAUCUGAAAAUGUACCAAGAGAAGUUGCACGCCACCAAAGAGCACCAAGAUUUCGUGGAGCGUAUGAACCAAAAGGAUUACACGGAUUGGAUCGAGUCUUUGAAAAAGGAGAACGACCAACUGUUCCAUUGCGUCAAGAGUGAGGACGAGAUCCUUCAAAGUCCGUACGACGAGUUCGUCAAACGCGUCGGCGCCGGUGGAGGAACUUGGGCCGAUCUGACUAAGUUCUACAGGCACUUUAUGCGCUCCCACGCCACCUACAAACUUCAGCACUUGUUAGUUUCACGGAAAGAAUCAAAAAACGGCCCUGGAUUGUUGAGAAAGUUCUUCGACGUUGUCGGAGUCAUGCUUGCCAUACCGUCCCACCUCGGAAAAUUCCGCAUGGCCGACGUACCCGGGCCGGCACUGGAGUCGUUCCAGAGGAGGCUCCACCAGUCCGACCAAUACGGCGCCUACGUCAAAAGCUUAAAAGAGAAGAAUUACACCGAGCUUAUUGAGGUCUGGAGUACCGCCGACCCCGAGCUUGGCGCCUGUGUCCAAACCACGACACAGACCCUGCUCGACCCUUACACAACUUUCGAUAGACAGACAAAACGAAAGGACAGAUCAAUUGACUGGUCUGAUUUUAUAGCGUUCUAUAAAACAUUCAUCAAUUGCGUCAUCAUCGUCAACAUGGAGGAAGUCAGAUUGGACGGAUAACUUCAUGUCAAGAAAAACCUUAUAAAUAAAUAAUUAAAAAUAA